AUGCGUGGUUUUGUCUACUUUAGUCUAGGGAAGUCGAAGUAUAGUGCCUCACCUUUCUCUGACCACAUUUAUGAUGAUGAUGAUGAUGAUGAUGAUGAUGAUGAUGAUGAUGAUGAUGAUGAUGAUGAUGAUGAUGAUGAUGAUGAUGAUGAUGAUGAUGAUGAUGAUGAUGAUGAUGAUGAAUCUGAUGAUGAUGAUGAUGAUGAUGAUGAUGAUGAUGAUGAUGAUGAUGAUGAUGAUGAUCAUGAUGAUGAUGAUGAUGAUGAUGAUGAUGAUGAUGAUGAUGAUGAUGAUGAUGAUGAGACAUGA